AUGGGGGCACAGUGCGCUACACCGAGCCCGACGACCCCGACGGAGUUUCAGUUUCAGAAGACUCCUUCCAUCCCUGCUUUUCUCGACAUCGAACUCCACGACGAAGGUGUGGCGGUAGCCACGCUGCCAGGCACGGAGUUCACCGGGGAAAUUGGUGACGAGACACCAUCGCCCUUUGCGUCGUACGCAAGCGAGGUUGACCGGUCCGAGGAGGUGGAGGCUGUGACCCCGCGCAUGGCGGCCUGCGGACUCCCACCGGCCACAGGGCUGAAGGAGGAGGACAUCCGUCAAACUCUGCAGACGACCUUGGCAGAUCGAGGGAUGGUGCUGACGCCAAGGGACGUGGCCAUUCAGGAGGUACUCUGUACAACCAGCAAGAGUACGAUUUGCGCAGCCGAUUGGAAGGGACAGAUGGUCGUCAUCAAGCGCAUCAAGCAUGGCCUGGACCUGCAAGACAAGCAGGCGAAGCUGACCCACGCGAUGUCCUUGAAGGAGAUGAUGCAGGAGCUGCAGAUCUUGAUGGCUCUGGACCACCCCUGUGUGGUCCGGCUUCUUGGAGCGAACCUCUCCCCGGACCAGGAGCCCAUGCUUGUCACAGAGUACAUGGAGGGGGGUGAUGUUGAGAACUACAUGUUUCUGCAUCGUCGGUCAGCACCUGGCCAUCGUUUCAAGCCAAGUCUGGCGUUGGCGCUGCGCUGGUCGAUCUCUGUGGCAGAGGCGCUGACAUACCUUCAUGGCCUUCAUCGGCCCAUCAUCCACCGUGACCUCAAGCCAUUGAAUUUGUUGCUCAGCAAGGAUCUUCAGGUGAAGAUCACGGACUUUGGCAUCAGCAAGGUGAUGCCUCCACGCGGAGGAAAAGACGCAAGCCCGGCACCGAUGACAGGAGGGGUCGGCACCUGGCGCUACAUGGCCCCGGAAGUCGUCCGAAACGAGGCCUACACCGACCGCGUGGAUAUCUUCUCGUUCAGCUUGAUUGUCUACUUCCUCUUCACGGGGCGCCCGCCAUUCCACUCAUUUUGUGGGCCCCACCCUGAGAGAAUCUUGGAGGCCUACCUCGCAGGGCAGGAGCCCCGACCACAGCUCGACCUCAUCGCGAGCCCAGCCCUGAAGUUCCUGAAGCCGUUCUUGGAGGAUGCCUGGGAUCCCUCCGCGGCUGCGCGGCCCUCCGCCGCCGAGUGCGCGGUCCGCCUGCAUGCCAUGGGCAGCCAAGGUCUUCUCAACGCGAUGCAGUUCCGCGUGAGGUCGAUGCUAGCAUGGAAACGUGCCGUGACACAGUAA